AAUAACUCUGUGAGAAGACAGGCAGCUAUCAGACUCUGUCAGGAGUGAACUGACACAGCAGCUUGCCUUUCAGACAUCACAGAGCACAAAACACCAGUCUAAAAAGGAUCGAUCAAGAUGAGCACUUCAAAGAUGAUGAAUGGAUCCGCAUCAGAGCAGGCCAAUGUAAUAAAGAAGUCAAAAAUGCCAGGAGUCAAAAUAACCCAGUAUACUGAAGACAUCCCACCAGGGUGCAGCUCACCUGACUUUGAUCGCAAGCCAAUCCCACUAACUAUCCAGGAAGGAAAAACAGCCACUUUCAAAGCCAUCAUAUGUGGGGAACCCAAAGCUCAGGUGACAUGGAGCAGAAAUAAAGGAGAUAUGAAUGAUGGCAGCAAGUAUAAAAUCACUUAUGACCAAAUUAUGGAUGAACAUGUGUUACAAGUAAUCAGUGUGACUGGUGAGGAUGCGGACACAUACAAAUGCUCUGCUUCCAAUCUGUAUGGAGAAGCUGUGUGCUUUGCCACCCUGAUAGUAAUUGAAAUUGGGUUUAAGAAGAAAGCAAAACCAAAGUCACAGGAAGCUGUAAACGAAGAUCCAACAGAGUUUCGGAAGCUUCUAAAGAAGCGGUCUCCAAAAGAAGGACCAUCCCGUCAACAGAAGGCUUUGGACUCUAAAGUUUGGGAAGUUCUUUUGAGUGCAGAUAAGAAAGAUUAUGAGCGCAUUUGCAUAGAAUAUGGAAUCACUGAUUUCCGUGGCAUGCUCAAAAAGUUGAAUCAGUUGAAAAAAGAGAGAGAAGAGGAACAAUCCAAGUUUGUGGAAGCCAUCAGUAACCUGAAACACAUUCAAGUGACCAGUGAGGGCUCUGCAAAGUUUGAAAUUGAGAUGCAGCUGAAAGAUGAAAACAGCAGGAUACUUCUGUAUAAGGAUGGCCAAAUGAUUCCAUAUAGUGAAGAUAUGGAAAUGAAGCACAACUUGCGAAAAGUUGGCAAGAAAUAUAUCUUUUCAAUCCGUGACCUUCUACCAGAAGAUGCCGGACUGUACCAAGUGGACGUAGAGGAAGUCAAUGUGUUCUCAACAGACUUACCUUCAAAAUUUAUUCCAAUUAACUUCACCAGCCCCAUGAAGGAGGUCCAUUGUAAGGAACGUGAGGAUGCCUUUUUUGAGGUGACUCUUUCUCAUCCUCUCCCCAAGCUUGUAUGGAUGUACAAAAACCAGACCCUGGAGGCUGGAGACAAGUAUGGAUUCACUGUGUCGGAAGAUGGCCUCACCCACAGGUUGAUUGUAAAGGAUGUCAUGCCAGUUGAUAAAGGCAUCUAUUCAGUGGCAGCAGGCAUCCGUUCAUCUAGUGCCUGGCUAAUGGUGGAAAUUGAAGAAAGUGAUGAUCCAGCUUCUCGAGCCAAAAGAAAACCCAGGAAAGUCACAGAUGUAGGUGAAAAUCAAGAGCAGGGCCAACAAGGCAAAGGCCAAAAUCGGGCAAAAAAAGGAACUCUGAACAGAGAGUCGGGAAUUCAGAAUUAUGAUGGCUUAGGGCAAGAUCAAGUAAUUGUUAAUGGAUUUGAUGAUGGAUUUGGGAAAGAUACCCUUAAUAGGUUUCAGGGAAGUAGCUCAGAAAGCAACUUAAAUGAUUCAACAUCUGGACAGAAAGUUAUUGGGACCCUUGGAGGAGAUAAGAAAGAAAUUAGAACAAAUUUAGAAGGAAGUAAAGAAAACCUCACAGGAUUACAUGAUUCAAGAGGAGGAAAAGGAAGCUUUGGGUACUCUGAUGUUGUCAGUAGCAGUGCAGGAGACAGCCAAUAUGGACUUGAUGGUAUUUUAUGUGAUGCAAAUGAAGGCCAUGGUAGAAAUGUGAAUUUAGGAUAUGAUGGGUUAGGGUUAUCGCUGUCAAAAAAAGUAGGUCAGGAGGAGAAACAUGGUGCAACUGAACAGCAAGGUGAUGAGCACAAAGAACAAAGUGGCUUACUGAAUCAAAAGGCAGGUCUUGGAAACAAUUCUGGCGAUGAUGGGAACAAAGAACUAAGUGGAUUACUGAAUCAAAAGGCAGGUGUUGGAAACAAAUCUGGCAAUGAUGGGAACAAAGAUCUAAGUGGAUUACUGAAUCAAAAGGCAGGUCUUGGAAAAGAAUCUGGCAAUGAUGGGAACAAAGAUCUAAGCGGAUUAUUGAAUCAAAAAUCAGGUCUUGUAAACAAUUCAGGUGAACAUGGAAGGAUUGAAGAUGGACAUGGUGAAAACUUAAGUGAAAACAAAAGUCUUAGUGAGGGUGAAAAAAGGAGUCCCAUUAUUCUAGAAAAAUCCUCUGUGACAGAUAGUGAUGCUAAUAGAAAAGGCGUAUCAGAAAGCUUGACAGGAAAAUCAGGAGAUGUAAAUGGACAAUCGCAGAAUGAUUUGGGGACAGGCAAAGAUAUUAUUGGUCCUAGUACACAGUCCCUAGGAUAUGAUAAUUCUGCUAACUCUGGACUUGGACGAAAUUGCAUUAAAUCAAGCCCAAAUGUCACUGGACUUACAGAAGACCAAAACAGGAAAAAGAAACGUUCAGGACGGAAGCUACUGAUCGAGGAAUCCCCUGCUGAUUUAGGUGCUCAUUUUGUUAGCGGCCUGAUGGAUGUUCAAGCACGAAAGGGCCACUCUGCAGAACUUGUUUGCAAAUUAAGCAGUGACCAAACAGAAGGCAUGUGGUUUAAAGAUGGUGUGAAGCUGCAGUCUAGGGAUGGUCUAGCAAUAUAUAAAGAUGGCUGCAACCAUAAACUCAUACUAUCUAAUGUUCAAGACUCUGAUGCUGGGAAAUACCGCUUUGAAGCAGAUGGCCACAAAUCAGAAUCCUAUGUGGUUGUGGAAGAUCCUCCAGAAAUUGAUGCAGAAGAAAUGGAGAAGCUCUCAAAAGUGCCAGUGGUGGUGAAAGCAGGCCAGAAUGCUGUCAUCAAAGUACCAUUCCAAGGGCGAGCACCUAUGAAGGUGUCCUGGUACAAAGACGGAGAUGAGCUAGCAGAGGACCAUCGAAUGCAUAUUGAGAAAGGUCCCAGCCAUAGCCGCUUGCUGAUUGGAAAGUGCCAGCGUAAAGAUAGUGGAGACAUCAAGCUUAAGCUUAAAAAUGACAGUGGAACUGCAGAGGUUGCAACAAAGCUGAUAGUCCUUGAUAAGCCAUUGUCACCUCAGGGCCCUGUUGAAGUCUUGGAAAACUCCGCCAGUUGCAUCCAGAUCAAGUGGAGACCCCCAAGGGAUGAUGGAGGACAGCCCAUCAACAGUUAUACUGUAGAGCGGCAGCAAGUAGGAAGAAACACAUGGGUUAAAGUAGGUGAAGUCCCUGGUAGCACCACCACCUUCACCAGUGACAAAGUUGAUCAUGGCAAGAAAUACUGCUUCAGAAUUCGAGCUGUUAAUUCAGAGGGUGUCAGUGACUUCCUGGAGACUGAGGACAUAACUGCAGGAACAAAAGCCUUUCCUGGACCUCCUGCACCUCCAAAAAUUGUAAGUGCUUCCAGCAAAGCCAUUGCACUUUCCUGGGGAGCACCACACAACACAGGGGGCUCUCGUAUUGCUGGCUAUGUGGUGGAGAAACGAAAAAAGGGGAGUAAUCUGUGGACGCCUGUCUCAAAUGAGCCACUGAAAGAGAAGAAAUGUGUCAUCACUGACAUUGUGGAAGGGUCGCAGUAUGAGUUCCAGGUUGCAGCAGUCAAUGAGUCAGGGAUGGGCGAAUUCAGCGUUCCAUCUAAUUUUGUCAUUGCUCAAGAUCCAAUGAGGCCACCCAGCAAAGUAAAGGAUCUCAAGGUCACCGGUUCAAGUUAUAGCAGUCUGUCACUGUCUUGGGCCAAGCCUGAUGUAGAUGAAGGCGAUGAAGCCAAAGGCUACUUUGUGGAAGUGAAACCAGCAAACAGUAUCACUUGGCUGAGCUGUAAUUCUGCUCCUGUGAGCUUGACCUCUUACACAAUCAAGGGCUUAAAAUCCAUGGAGAUGUAUUUUGUUCGGGUGACAGCCGUAAAUGAUGGAGGCCGAGGCGAGCCUCAGGAACUGGAUAACUAUGUAAUUGCAAUGCCACCCCCAGUGAGACCUCAUUUUCUCCAGGAUGCCAGCUUCAAAUCGUUCAUGGUGGUGAAGGAGGGUAGCACAAUUCGAGUCAACAUCCACUUUGAGGCAUCCCCUACUCCAGAGGUGAUCUGGAUGAAGGAUAACGUUCCUAUUACCAAAAGAGCCACAAUCACAAACACAGAUGGUCUGUCACAGCUCUUGAUUCCCACAUCUGAUAGAACAGAUUCUGGAAUAUAUAGCAUCAUGAUAAAGAACUGCUUUGGACAGGAGUCCCUGAGUUUGGAGAUCAGAGUCACAGAUGAGCCAAAACCACCAGGGCUGGUGACAAUGGAGGAAAAGGUUCCUGGAACAGUAACAGUGUUCUGGGAACCUUCACCCGAUGAGAAGUAUGACAAUCGAUUACACUACAUGGUGAUGAAACGUGAUUCAUUCAAGCUUUCCUGGCAAACUAUGGCAGAUCACAUUUUUAACAAUAAGAUCACAGCUACCAGCAUCAUUUGUGGACGUCAGUACUACUUCCGGGUGUAUGCAAAAAAUGACAUGGGUGUCAGUGAACCUUCUGAAUCACCAGCCUGGAACAUCAAUAAAGAGAAAGAUAAGUUCACAGUUAAAUUGCCCCACUACAAGCAGAAUGACCAGAGACAAGCACCUAGGUUCAGUGUCGGCCUGAAGACACACUAUGUACCACUUGGAUACCAAUGUAAUAUGAGCUGUGCUGUAAUGGGAAACCCAGCCCCAAGAGUAACUUGGUACCGAGACAGUGUGAGCAUUAUGAAAAAUGCCGACUACCAGACAUCUAAUGUAUGUGGAGUGUGUUCUCUCAUCAUCACUGGAGUCCGUCCAAAAGACAAUGGCGAGUAUAUGGCUAUUGCAGAGAACUCCCUUGGGAAGGCCAUCUGCACUACGAGACUCAUUGUUAUAGAGUGAAGAAUCAUCUAAGGAACAACUUUAAAUGUAUUUUUUCUUUACCAAAAUAUGUUAAAUUAGGUCCUAUUUAAAAAUGUGUAUAUUUUCUAUAGCUGAAAUAGCUUAAAAUGUUGAUAUCUAAUAGAAGACACAGUCAGGAUUUUUGCUUUGUGUAGGAAGUGACAUACACAUGAAACAAUGAAGGUUUUGAAUUUUGUUUAGAAAGAAGUAUUGUCCUUAGCACUCAUGUGGAAAUAAAAUUUGAAAUGGCAAGUAUUCCAAACAAGGGCCAUGCUGAGAACAAGCAAAGAUUUGGGAGGCAGGUUGGUGGCACAGCACGUCUGUCUUACAGUGCUGGACUGUAGUGGUGAGGACCAGUUCUGCUGAUCAGUCUGAAAACUGUUUGUGUGGAAUUUUUCAUGUUUCCCCUGGGUUAAUCUGUUUUUUUUUUUCUAUUAUCUUCCCACAUCUCAAAUUAUAUGGGUUACAAUAUUUCGCAGCUUUAAAAUCAUCUUGUGUGGCUAUAUGUGUGAGAAUAUGUUCUGUGUUAGGCUGACAUAGCACCCAGGACUGAUUCUUGCCGUGUGUUUGAUGAUGCUCUGUGUCCUGCAAUCCUAUAAUAGAAUAAGCAGAUUCACAAUAAGGACAGAUCGAUGGGUG